UUCUUCUUCCAACACCAGCACAUCUCCCCUCCCCCACCCCCACGUUAUUUUGAAAGUCGUUUGGCAUGGUAAAAGGAGCAAAUUUGGGUCUUCCCAAUUUUAUCUUAUGCAAUACUAUUUCCCUUGUAAAUAGCAAACCAAACAUGAACCUAGAACGCAUUGUUAAAAACUCAACCUUGCCAAAGAGGCAAAACACCAACUGCAGUUAAUAGCCAGCAAAAAACAUGUUAACUUUCCAAUUUGCAAAGAACAUCUAUUAAGAAACUGAAAUGAGCAUAACAUGAAAAAACUGUCCAACUAUAAAUAUAAAUAUAAAGCUCUUUUCUUUUGCCAAUCAUUACCAAACAAAAUAUCUCAACAUGUACCACCUUUGCAAUACCAAAAACCCCUUUUGCCCAACAAUUGCUUUUUUAUUACAUAUGGAAGGACCCAAGUUUUUGCUUACACUUCCCAUGCCUCCCAAUUGUUUGACAAAAUGCCACAAAGAAGAGAUCAAGAUUUCAAGAAUGUAAAAGGGCAUGAAAUAUUUGAGCUUGUUAACAUCGUUAAAGAAAAGCCUGAUACCUUAAGUGCUUCACAAGUACAUGGCUUAGCGCUUAAAGUAGGCAUGCUUGCUUAUUUGCCCACUAUAACUACUCUCCUCAUUAUAUACUCAAGAACCAAAAAUUUUAGCUCUUCAUUGACCCUGUUUGAUGAAAUUAUAAGUAAAGAUGUGGUAACAUGGAAUGCUAUCAUGACAGCAUGCAUAAAGAACAAAUCUUUUGGACUUGCAGUGAAUUUCUUUACUGAAAUGGUGAAUGAAGGAAAGCAGUUUUUCGAUUCUGCCACGCUUGUUAUUGUCAUUUCUGCCUUGUCUAACAUGAGAGAUUUGAGAAAGGGAUUGGUUGUUCAUUGUUUAAGUAUGAAAAUGGGACUGCUUUCGGAUACGAUUUUGGGAAAUGCUCUGAUUGAUUUUUACGCGAAAUGUAGUAAUUUGAGCUCGUCGGAGUGUGUGUUUCACGAAAUAGAAUGUAAAGAUUUUGUUUCUUGGAAUUCAGUUAUUAGUGGUUGUGUCUAUAAUGGUCGUCCUGAGAAGUCUUUGUUGUACUUCAAGCAGAUGGUUAAUUUGGACAAGGGUGCUGAUAGUGUGAGUCUUUCGUGUGCUAUUGCUGCCUCUGCGUGUUUAGAUGAGUUUAGUUGUGGUCAUGCUAUUCAUGGAUGGGGUAUAAAGCUAGGAUCUGAGGAAAGCCGCCACCUUUCAGUGGCGAAUUCUCUCAUUUCAUUGUAUUCCCAAUCUGGGGACGUUGAUGCUGCUGAAUAUAUCUUUAAUAAAAUGGAGUAUAAGGAUAUUAUAACAUGGAAUUCUAUGAUAAGCGGAUUCGCUUUGAAUGGAAAAAUCAGUGAUGCAUUUGAUGCUCUUUAUGAAAUGCAGCUCACAAGGACCGUAGAACCGGAUGCUGUGACAUUGAUUUCUAUUGUUCCGUUAGUUUCAGAAUUCAUGCUAUUGAGAGAAGGGAAAGCUAUUCACGGAUUUACCAUCCGGAGAGAGAUGGGAGCAGAACUGUCGGUGAUGAAUGCCCUUAUGGAUAUGUAUUUUAACUGCGAAAGGACCAAGGACGCUGAGCAGCUUUUCUUAAAUAUGCCAAAGAAAGAUCUAGUUUCAUGGAAUACCAUAAUCUCUGGGUAUUCCCAGAAUGGCCGUUGUAGAGAAGCUCAGUCGUUGCUUAAUGAAUUCCGGAGUGGGAACUCGAAAUGUAGCCUGUCAACUCUUCUGGGAAUUCUUCCUGCUUGUGAUUCUCCUAACUCAAUUCGAUUCGGAAGGUUGAUCCAUUCAUGGGAGGUGAAGUUGGGAUUUGUAAAUAAUAUAAUCCUAGUAAAUUCGUUGAUGUACAUGUACAUUUCUUGCGGAGAUCUAGUAGCUUCUUUCAAAUUGCUGGAGGAGAUAGCUUAUACUGCUGAUGUAGAUAGCUGGAAUACUGUGAUUUCGGGAUGCACACAGAAUGGCCAUUUCUGGAAAGCUUUAAAUGCUUUCAAGUUAAUGAGACUCAAAUCAAAUAUCAUCCAUGAUACUAUCACUCUAGUCAAUGUCAUAUCAGCUUGUGGAAAUCUUGAAUUAAAAUUUGAAGGAAAGUCAAUUCAUGCCCUAGCUUUAAAGACCUCAGCUGGUCAAGAUAUUCGUGUGCAUAAUGCUCUUGUUACUAUGUAUGGAAAAUUGAGUGACGUGGAAAGUGCAAGAUCAGUGUUUGAACUUUGCUUUUAUCGUAACUUAUGCUCUUGGAACUGCAUGAUAUCUGCUUUAGCUCAGAAUAAAAGUUCUAAAGAUGCAAUGGAAUUUUUCCGUUUGCUUGAGUUUGAACCAGAUGAGAUCACCAUGGCUACCGUUCUUUCAGCUUGUCGGCAACUUGGAAUUAUUAGACAUGGGAAACAGAUCCAUGCACACGUCAUAAGAUCUGGUUUUUACCAAAAUGCUUUUGUAUCAGCUGCUCUUGUGGAUAUGUAUAGCAGUUGUGGGAGGUUAGACAUUGCUCUUAAAGUGUUUCAGAGUUCAGCAGAGAGAUCUAUUGCAGCUUGGAAUUCAAUGAUUUCUGCAUAUGGUUUCCACAGCAAUGGUCAGAAAGCAAUCGACAUCUUUCAUGAUAUGAUUGAUUUGGGACUUACUCCAUCAAAAGUCACAUUUAUCAACUUAUUAACAGCUUGCAGCCACACAGGGCUUGUUGACCAAGGCUACUGGUAUUACAAUCGUAUGCUUGAUGAGUUUGGAGUUCAUCCUUCCACUGAGCAUCAUGUCUGCACGGUUGAUAUGUUAGGGCGAUCAGGGAGGCUGCACGAGGCGUAUAAUUUUAUCAAAGAGCUUCCGACCCCACCUGAUCCAGGGAUCUGGGGUGCUUUGCUGAGUGCCUGCAAUUAUCAUGGUGAUCUUCAAUUGGGGAAAGAAGUAGCAAAUAUACUCUUUUCGUUGGAACCUGAGAAUGUUGGGUAUCAUCUUGCAUUAUCCAAUAUAUAUGUUGCUACUGGAAGCUGGAAGGAAGCUGGAGAGUUGAGGGACAUUGUUCAUAUAAAGGGGUUAAAGAAAUCUGCUGCUUACAGUCUUAUUGAUGUUGGCUUCUACUGAAACAUCAAGACCUCGUGCAUAGAUGCCAAGAAGAGCAAAAGUCUUUGGAC